AGAAGGGCUCGGUAGCAUCAGCCCGAAUGCAGGAGGUUUCCAUCCGCAGCAGGCAGCUCUCACUGUGACAGGGGGAGUUCACCCAGUCGCGGGGAACAAGCGAAAACAGCUUAUUCCGGAGAACGGGUUGACAAAGAAUCCAAAAAUUCCAGAGCUAUUGCCUAGUCUUGAUGUUGUAACCCAGCAAUUUGUUAAGUUGCACAGAUGUUCCCAGAUCUUCAACAAGAGCUGCCUACUGAAGAGACUCUCCAGAGCUCAAAGUUAUCAUUGAUGACCAGUGAAAACUCUUGUUCACCUUGGUACCUAAAUCCGCUGAGUGGCUCCCCCUGUACGUGCCGUCGCAGCCCUCGCUUGCUAACAAAUGGCUAUUAUGAUCUAAGUGAAGAGAGCUUCGUGGAUGAGGAGGGCAAUCUCACUCUCAUACCAUCCAAAAUAAACAUCAGUUACAAGGAAAAUCUUGUACGAAUCUUCCGCCGGAAGAAGAAAGUUCGUAGAUCCUUGGCGAGUCUAUUUUCAAUAGACUCCUCCAGUUCCUGGUUGAACAACAGUCUUUUCAGUGGAAUUGACUGUCCUCUUGCAGAAUCCUCUUGGAUUGAUGGAGGAAAUGAUUUUGACUCCAAUUUCAGGAACGAUCAAGGAAGGAGCAGUGUUGAUGCAUCCUCCAAUGGUAAAUCCUGGUUAUCGGAAGAGAAUCUGCCUGUAAUUGACACCGAAUCCUACACCAAAGAAAGCUUAUUGACAAACAAAUCAACAGCAGGCCAUUUCAAACUUCCUUCUCAUUCACCAUUACAUCCUACAAAGUGCUUCCUCAAUAACAUGUUGGGUGGUCCAGAUUUAAUGACUGUCAAGAGUUUCUUUUUCCAUCUGAUCAUCUCGGUCCUUUCAACAUGUGUCGCUGUGUUUGCAAGUUGGUUUCUUGCAGGAGUGGUUGCUGCUUUCCUUACACCUAUGCUGGUGUUUGCAGCUGUGCUGUACACAGCAAAAUCUGCAUAUCCCUUCUUUCUUAAAUCUGACGAUAUCUUGCAUCACGCACAACCUGAGGAGGGUUCCGUGGUCAUGAUUGACCUGAAACAUAUCAAUGGCGUCCAUCAGCAAGGCUGGGUGAUACCCAAGGCCUUUCACUCCCAAAUGAGCUCCCAUCUCUGUUGGAUAUGUACUGCAUAUACAGCGAUGAAUGAUUUCAGAAAGUUAGCUGAUAGAUCUGAGAACUCUGAGACGGCUGUGAAGAAACUGUUGCGCACCUCCUUCUGGCAGGUGCCUUCAGAAAGCGAUGCAGUGGCUUUUGUCAGGUUUAAUCCUGAGCAACUGCAUUGCACAAGGCUCUCUAAGCUGGUGCGAUAA